AUGGCCUUGGAGUUCUAUGGUUCGACUCGACUUUUUGAUUUGCGGCUUCGUCUUUGGCGGUUUGCCUGUACUGACCGCCCUCUCUGUUUCUACAUAUCAUCGUGCCUGCUUUCCGUCUUCGAACAUUCAAUUCCAACUCAAUCAGCUCGAAUCAUGUUCUCGUUCUUUGGCUCUUCGCCCCCUUUUGACGUAGUUUCAACAAUUUCAAAUGAUGGGUACUUGUUUGAUCCUGAGGGCGGCAUUCGUCGAUCGUUGAUUACCAAAGAAUCAGACCUCCCAUGGCUUCUUGAUGAACGUCUUACAACUGUCCACGACCUUCUUCUUGAAUCAGUUCGAUUAUCGGGGCAAAAGCCGUUCCUUGGGAGCCAUUCCACUCCGUCGGAGGCCUAUUCGUGGAUAACCUUCAAGGCGGUUUACGAAAGAGUUUGCGACUUAGGCUCGGGUCUAAUUAGUGUCUGCGGUUUGAAGAGCCAUGAAUGUGGAAACUUCCUCGGCAUCUUUGGCCGCAACUGUGCCGAUUGGGUGGUUGCAGAAUUCGCCUGUGCGACCUACGGCCUCGUUGCAGUUCCUCUUUACGACACUCUUGGGACCGAAGCUCUCAAGCAUAUUUGUAAUCAUUCCGAACUGACCGUGUGCAUCUGUGUCACGCCGGACCUUGUCCAGAAGCUGCUGGACUUGAAUCCGGCCCCGCUUCGUCACAUCAUCCUAAUUCAAUCGGAUGAGGGCACGCUGAAGAAACUCCGUGAGGCGGCAGGCGGCCGCGUACAGAUACAUGACUUCGCCGACAUCCUGAUUAAAGGGAAGGAGGAGCCUCGUACACCUGAUCCGUCGGGGACAGAGGAAUGGGUAUUCAUCUGCUAUACCAGCGGAACAACAGGGACUCCUAAGGGUGUUAUCAUUACGAAUAAGAUGCUUAUCGCCACCGUUACUGGAACCAUGAUGAAUACUAACUGCACUCUUUUCACACAGAACGAUGUCCACUUAUCAUUCCUUCCACUGGCCCACAUCUUCGAACAGUUCAACGUAAUGCUCGCCUUGAACGCGCGUGGCAGAAUAGGUUUCUACAGCGGAGAUAUCGUCAAGCUGCAGGAGGACGCGCACACCCUGCAACCAACAAUCCUCAUCGCCGUACCUCGGGUUCUCGCACGUAUUCGACAGCGCAUAUACCAACAGGUAGCUGAUUCUCGUCUCAAGACACGUCUCAUAGCGACGGCCAUUAAUCAGAAGCUGAAGUCAGUGGAUAAACAGAUCUAUAAACACAAUACGAUGUGGGAUCAGUUGGUCUUCUCUAAAAUCCGAAAGCGCUUUGGUGGACGUAUUCGACUGAUUAUAACUGCGGGAGCUCCCAUCUCAGGCGAACUGCUGCAAUUCAUUCGGGCAGCCUUCUGCUGUCCGAUAAUGCGAUUACUUUUUCAUCUGAAAAAGGUGUUUGAGGGUUAUGGCUCCACCGAGACCUGCGGUGCAAUCACCAGCGCCAUAUUCGGCGAUUUAGAAGGGGGCCAUGUAGGACCGCCGCUACCUGGUUGUGAAAUCAAACUUGUCGACAUUCCCGACAUGGGCCUCGUUGCUGCCAGAGACAAUAAGGGCGAGAUUUGUUGUCGUGGCCCAGUAGUGACCCUUGGUUACUUCAAAGAACCUGGCUUAACAGCACAGGCUUUGGACAAGGAGGGGUGGCUUCACAUGGGAGACGUCGGUGUCUGGUGCGAGGGUAAUCGCCUCAAGAUAGUUGACCGCUUAAAACACAUCUUCAAACUCUCUCAAGGCGAGUACGUUGCACCAGAGAAGAUUGAGGAGGUCUACCUGCAAGCGCCCCUGGUGUGUCAGGUCUUUGUUGACGGCUCGCCGCUGCGUUCUUACCCCGUAGCACUGGUCGUCCCUGAUGGAGACGCUCUCCGCAGGGCUCUCACCGAGUUGGAACAGGAUUCGGGCGGUAGCAGCACGCGAAAGCUAUCUCGUCAGAGCAAAAAUCGCCCACCGGAAGGGGACACUGAGGCCUCUGAAAAGUUUUGCCUUAAGGGGAAAAUGGUGACCCUGGCAGAUAUCUGUAAUAGUUAUGAGGCUGAAAGGCUCGUCUACAACGAACUCACCCAAGUGGGCAAAAGUGCCGGACUCAAGGGUUUCGAACAGGUCCGAGCCGUCAAGCUAAUUCCAGAGGCUUUUUCGCUUGAGAAUCGUCUUCUCACUCCAACUAUGAAGUGUGCCCGUCACGCUAUUCGUCAACGAUACCAAGAAGAUCUUCUCCAACUCUUUGCUCGGAAGGAGCUUGACUAA